GGACUUUAUAGAUGACAAAAUGACAGUUUGAAUAUUGAUUGAAUGACCGAACAGGGUCAUUAUGCAAACGAAUUUCAAGUUUCUUAAGAGCAUUCCUCUUUUUGGAUUGCCGGUUAGAAUUGAUUCAGCUGUGAGUGAAGCUAGUUAUCCUCCGAUUACUUCAAACUGAACUACGGUACUUUUGUAUCAUAAUCUCUUCUCUGACAAAAAUCUGAAGUGAAAUGAAAGUGUCUGUUAGAAUACAUGGCGAAUGGAUUCAAAUCCCAUGCAAAGAAGGAGCAACCAUAUCAUUUUUGGGCGAAGAAGCAAUUCGCAAAUAUCAACGGUUGAGGAAUGUCGAGUUUCAUGAUGAAAAGAUCCAAGACAUACGGCGGGCAAGAGGAGGCGUCAUCUUGGAUCCGCUCGAUUUAGUCAUCGACGUUCUUGAUGAUAAUGACUUCAUUACAGUCAGUCUAUCGUCGGAUGUGAAGAAGUCGUCGAUUAUUCCAGAAGAGCUCAAAUUUGUACUGGAUCCAUUACCCAAUUCAUUCGAGCCAUCAGAUGAGUUCAUCUUCCUGGAUGGAAGUAGUUUGUUCAUAGAAGAUCUACAGAAACUUGGAAGAGGAGCCUAUAAAAUAAAGCUCACUCACGAAGCAGAGGAGAAUAUAAAGAGGUCACGAGCCCUAAUUGACAAGAUACUAAACGAGAAUAAAGUUAUUUAUGGAAUUACAACCGGAUUCGGAAACUUUGCUCGUACUAAUAUCGAGAAGAGCAAACUUGAAGAGCUGCAGUGCAAUGUUAUCCGUUCGCAUGCAGCUGGAGUUGGCAAUCCUCUGAGUCCGGAGCGCACCAGAAUGCUUCUGGCCCUCAGAAUCAAUGUCCUAGCCAAAGGGUACAGUGGCAUUUCCCUACAGACCAUGGGCAAGCUGAUCAACGCAUUCAAUGCAUCAUGCUUAUCGUAUGUGCCCGAGCAAGGAAGUGUUGGAGCCAGCGGUGAUUUGGCUCCUCUCUCGCAUCUGGCGUUGGGACUCAUGGGAGAGGGAAAGAUGUGGAGUCCAUCCACCGGUUGGGGUGAUGCUACAGAGGUACUAGCUGCCAACGGGCUGACACCAAUGACACUUCUCGCGAAGGAAGGAAUCUGCUUGAUAAAUGGAACGCAGCUGAUAACGUCACUUGGAGCGGAGGCGGUUGAGAGAGCUGAGAUGGUGGCGCGCCAAGCGGACGUCAUUGCAGCGCUGACAUUGGAGGUGCUGAAGGGCACUUCAAGGGCAUUCGACUCCGACGUUCAGGCCGUCAGACCACAUAAGGGCCAGAUUGCAGUGGCCAAACGAUUGAGGGCUCUUCUGCAUUCUGAAACCUAUCCCUCUCAGAUAGCUGAGAGUCAUCGCUUCUGCAACAGAGUUCAAGAUGCGUACACUUUGAGAUGUUGCCCACAAGUGCAUGGAAUAGUGCAUGACACAAUCGACUUCAUAAAGCAAGUGGUUACGGUUGAAAUCAACAGUGCUACAGACAACCCAAUUGUUUUUGCAGAGAGAGGAGAGAUAAUAUCAGCUGGAAAUUUCCAUGGCGAGUAUCCAGCUAAAGCUCUUGAUUUUUUGGCAGUCGGAGUGCACGAGCUAGCCUCAAUGAGUGAGCGAAGAAUCGAGAGACUAGUCAAUCCAGCUCUUAGUGAACUGCCAGCUUUCUUGGUCAAAGAUGGAGGGCUCAACUCAGGAUUUAUGCUAGCUCAUUGCACAGCCGCUUCUCUGGUAUCUGAGAACAAAGUUCUGUGUCAUCCGUCAUCAGUUGAUUCUCUGAGUACGAGUGCUGCACAAGAGGACCACGUUUCAAUGGGAUGUUUCUCAGCACGUAAAGCACUUCAAGUGGUUGAGAACGUGGAGCACGUGUUGGCCAUUGAACUGCUAGCUGCGUGCCAGGCGAUCGAGUUCCUGCGUCCACUCAAGACAACUGUUCCCUUGGAAGAAGUCUACAAUACGGUUCGAUCAGUUGUCAGACCAUUGGACAAGGACCGCUUCAUGUCUCCGGAUAUUGAGGCAGCAACCAAACUUUUGAAAGACAACAAGAUAUGGAGUGCUGUGAAACAUCAUAUUGACUAUUACCACGAACCUCUAGAGCUGGAAACGCGAGUUUUCAGCCCGACAGCAGUUAUGGUGGGAGAAAAUCAACGGGAGCCGCCAAAAACGCAGAAAGUUAGUCCGCGAGGCAGCAGUAAGCGCAAACGUAACGACUCAUUCAACAAAUGAAUUCUAAAACAACGAUGCACCUAUCUGAUACAGCCAUUCGUACCACUGAACUUAAAAUAUUCAGAAAAAAGAAACCCUGUAACAUACAUUGAAUAAAAUCAAUCAGUUUACUGA